ACCCGGAAGAAGCUCCGUGUAGGUGACGUCGCAUGUUGUUGUCCACGAUGGCGUCGUCCACAGAGCAGUGUCUCCUGGAGCUCACUGAAAAGGACACUCGGGAGAAGCUGUCACACUGGGACCAGCGCGUAGAUCCGAUGGCUCCGUUAACGGAGAAGCAGACGGACUCGGUGCUCGAGCUCCGCGCUGCGGCGGAAGUCACGCUUCUCCCAGCCGAGCUGCCCAUCGAGGACAUCUGCAGCCUGGCGUCCCGCUCCCUGCGCUCCUCGUUCACAGCGACUCUUCCCGAGUCCACCGAGGAGGUGCUCCUGCACGGCUUUCAGAUGCUGGAGCUGGAGAACGAGCGCAUCCAGACGGCCCAGCAGUUUUUCUCCUGGUUCUCGAAGCUGCAGGUUCAGAUGGAUCAGGAUGAAGCUUCAAAGUACAGGACGACGCGGGAUGCUCUGAGCGGCUGUCGGGAGCAGUGUGACUCCAUCCUGAAGGACGUGAACACCGCGCUGGAGCAUCUGGACUCUCUGCAGAAGCAGUACCUCUUUGUGUCCACCAAAACAGGAACGCUCCACGAGGCCUGCGAACAACUGCUGAAGGAGCAGUCAGAGCUGGUGGAUCUGGCCGAGAGCAUCCAAGAGAAACUCUCAUAUUUCAAUGAACUGGAGAACAUAAACACGAAACUGAACUCCGUGACGUUGUCGGUGAACAGCGAGGGAUUCAUCCCGAUGCUUUCUAAACUAGACGAAUGCAUCGAAUACGUCUCCUCUCAUCCGAGCUUUAAGGACUACCCGGUCUAUCUGAGCAAGUUCAAGCAGUGUCUGUCCCGAGCCAUGCUCCUCAUCAAGAGCCACACGGUCAGCACGCUGCAGAACCUGACGGCUCAGCUCACUAAGAGGCAGGACCCGCUGGGCGCUCCGAACGCAGACAACGCCUUCACGCUCUACUAUGUGAAGUUCAGAGCAGCGGCUCCCAAAGUCCGGAGGCUCAUUGAACAAGUUGAGCAGAGGUCCAACAAAAUCCCAGAGUAUCAGCAGCUGCUGGAUGAGAUUCAUCAGUGUUAUCUGGAGCAGCGGGAGCUUCUGCUCAGUCCCAGUAUAAACUCCACCUUCACCGAUCUCACCAGCCACAACAACAAGGACCACUGCGCUCUGGUGCGCAGCGGCUGUGCGUUUAUGGUCCACGUGUGUCAAGACGAACACCAGCUUUACAACGAGUUCUUCUCCAAACCCUCGUCCAAACUGGAUGAGCUUCUGGAGAGACUCUGCGUGUCUCUGUAUGACGUCUUGAGGCCUCUGAUCAUCCACGUGGUUCAUCUGGAGACGCUGUCGGAGCUCUGCGGCAUCCUGAAGAACGAGAUGCUGGAGGACCACGUCCAGAACAACGUGGUGCAGCUGGGAGCGUUCGACGCCGUGGUGAAGCAGAUGCUGGAGGACGUUCAGGAGCGUCUGGUCUACAGGACACACAUCUACAUCCAGACGGACAUCAGCGGAUACAAGCCUGCGCACGGAGACCUGGCCUACCCCGAGAAACUAGAGAUGAUGGAGAGAAUCGCUCAGAGUCUGAAGGAGGAGCAGAUGAAGCUGAGCUCGAGCAGCUCUUUCUCUGACGUGCAGCUGGAGGAGUCUGAUAAUCAGAAGCUGAUCAGCUCUGAGGCGCGCUCACGCAGCACAGUUUCUCCUGCAGAUCUUCAUGGCAUGUGGUAUCCCACCGUCAAACGCACGCUCGUGUGUCUCUCCAAACUCUACCGCUGCAUCGACAGGGCGGUGUUUCAGGGUCUGUCACAGGAAGCGCUCUCUGCCUGCAUCCAGUCUCUGCUCAAAGCCUUCGACAUCAUUCAGAAGAACAAGACUCAGUUAGAUGGGCAGCUCUUCCUGAUCAAACAUCUCCUGAUCCUGCGCGAGCAGAUCGCCCCGUUCCACGCAGACUUCGCCAUCAAAGAGAUCUCGCUGGAUCUGAAGAAGACCAGAGACGCUGCUUUCAAAAUCUUUAACCCCAAGACUGUGCCCAACUUCUUCCGUCUGAACAGCCAUAACGCUAUCCUGGAGUUUCUUCUGGAGGGCACGCCGGAGAUUAAAGAGCACUACAUCGACUCCAAGAAAGAAGUGGACCGGCACCUGAAGUCCAGCUGUGAGCAGUUCAUCCAGCAGCAGACGCACAUGUUCGUGGGGAACCUGGAGGAGUUCCUCACCAAGGUAGCAGCUUUAAAGACGAUGGCUGUUGAAGGAGGACCGACGUACACUCUGUCUCAGCAGCCCUGGGCUCAGCCGGCUAAGGUGAAUGACAUUGUGAUGGCCACCUAUCGCAUCCUGAAAAACAAGCUGCCCGUCACCUUACAGAGCAUGUCUUUAUAUCUGGCCAACAAAGACACCGAGUUCAUCCUGUUCAAGCCCGUCAGGAACAACGUCCAGCAGGUGUUCCAGAGACUGCAAGCGUUACUGCAGGAGGAGUACAGCGGCGAGGACCUGCAGAUCAUCGCAUGUCCCUCCAUGGAGCAGAUAAAUCUGCUGCUGUCUGUGAAAUAGCCCUGGAGUCUGUGGACAGUGAUGUUCUUCCACACUUGGACCACGUCAGCGUUGGGAAAAGAGCCCUGAGAGAAGAUUAUUCCCAAAGCUUCUGGAGAUCAACACGUCUCUCUAUCUAAAGACAGAACGAGACCCCUUCCGAACACUGAACACACGCUGCAGGAGCAUGAUCGGGUUCUUCAGCGUAGCAUUGAUACCAAAUCAGUCUGUACAGAUGGAAAUUAAAGCGAAGGUGUGGGCUGCUGGUCUGGAGGUUCACCAUCCACACACACACACAUGAUCCACCAGGAGGCGCUGUGUGUUUGAGAGGACACGAGAGCACUGUACUGGUGAAGGAAACUGUGUGCAGAACAUAUUUAUUACUAUGUUUAAAGGAUUAUUUCACAGAGAGAUGUGAAUUGUUAUUAUUUACCUGUUUGCAAACCCUGAACACAAAGCAAGAUGCUUCGGGCUCCCAUUGACUUCCAUUAUAUUCUUGGCCACACAAUGGAAGUCAAUGGGAGCCAAAACUCCUUUAUCUUCUUUUGUCUGCCACAGAAGAAAGCAAGUCAAACAGGUUUGGAAAUCAAGUUUGGGAAAUUACUUUUAAAACCUGCAUGCUAUCUUUUUUUUCCUCUCUCUGAUGAACACAAAAGAGGAUUGUUUGAAGAACAAUGUUCAUGCAACUCUUCUAAUGUUGGCAUUGUAACAUCUUUUUAAACAUCCAUGCAGGUUUGGAUUAAUAUUAGGGUGUGUUAUUCAUAUCAAGCUGAAGUAGUUCCCCUUUAUGCAUUUACUCAUUUUCUUCCUUCGUUCUGGGCGCUUCAGUUGCAUUUUGGGAGUUUAAGUCAUCUAUGAAAAGCAUCCUCACUUCUCGGGCUUUUUUAUAUGGUGCUUUUCUGUUUGGUUCUGUUGGAGUGAUUGUGAUGGAUUCAUAACUAAAGCUGAAGGUUUAUUACUGAUUCAUUCCUGUCGUUUUUCUAAAUAAAUUCUCCUAGAACUGAAAGGUGUGAAGCUUUACGAGGUGGAAAUGAGAUUUAGCCCAUUAAACACUGAUUAAAACCUUUUUCAUAUUUGAUAUCAAUACAGUAGCUGAUGCUGAUUUCACUAAUAAUUGUAUAAAACAUGCUUGAAGUGCAAACUAAAAUGCUAUGUUAAAGAUGUGAAA